AUGCGUGUGUUUCAGCCCCAAUGUCAUGUUAUUGUAUCCUGUGGAUGGGACAAGGUUGUAAAGCUUAUCGGUGUGAUCCUUACUAGGACGAGCUCAAGCCCAGCUUCACUGACGUUGGUCCCAACUCACUUGGAACCCGAGUGUAUCGAUCGCAUGGUCAACAGAUGGUCAGACGUUGUUCAGUGGAUGUGUUCGUGCCCAACUGCUACCGGCUAUAUACUGCCACUGCCAGCUGCGCUGAAAUCUUUGACUUUGAGAGCAAUUGGCGCUAUCCCUAGGAUGAGCUCUAGCCCAGCUUCACUGACGUUGAUUCUGACUCACAGGGACCCGAGCGGUAAUAAUGCCGGGCACACAAUUGUUGUGCCUGUUGGACCGGAGAAGGUGAAGACUACCUUUGCUUUCCAUCUUCUCCCAAGCAGUCUUGUAAACCCAACAUGUGUGGGCCUGAUUGGUUCUGGAGUUGUUGUUCAUGUGCCUUCCUUUUUCAAUGAGCUCGACGCCUUGGAACAGCAAGAUAGAGCUCAUCUCGUGUUUGACUCCCACCAAAUUGUAGACGGCCUGAAGGAAGUGGAGCUCGGUGGAUCCAGCAUCGGAACCACAAAGAAAGGAAUAGGCCCGGCUUACUCCAGGAAAGCCUCUCGUUCAGGCCUCCGAUUUCGCAAGAUUGUGGAGGGUUGUUUCAAGCGUUAUGGUCAUUUCGAAUAUGAUACAGAGGACGAGAUUGUGUGCUAUAAGGUCAUAUCUUUCAUGCUUUCCCUGUUAAAUAUCGUCGCUGAACAUGAUUAUAUUCAUUGCACACUGCCAGUGCGCAAGAAGGUCCUCGUUGAAGGUGCAAAUGCACUCAUGCUUGACCUGGAUUUUGGGACGUAUCCCUACGUCACCUCAUCGUCCACCACAAUUGGCGGUGUGUGCACUGGUCCUGGCAUACCUCCUAAAGCGAUUGGGCACACCAUUGGAGUUAUCAAGGCAUAUACCACUCAGCACAUUGGCGUCCACUUUCAAGAAGUUGGAAAGGAGUAUGGCACUACCACAGGCCGGAGGAGAUGUUGCGGCUGGCUGGAUCUCGUCAUCUAG